AUGAAAAACGAUUUCGGCGACACGGCGCUUACUCUAGCUGCCGCUACAGGGUUGAGUGCGGUCAUCCAUUUGUUAGUUGAGAAGCACGAAGACUUGCCGGAUAUCAUGAAUGGUAGAAGACAGCUGGCGGUCGUUGUGGCUGCUCUCUAUGGGCACGAGGAAACAGUUAGCUAUCUUUAUGACGUCACUUUGGUUGAAAGCCUUCUUUAUGUAAGCAAGGGAGAUCAAAAUUCGAAACCAGUUGGCGAUGCUGCUGCAGAUUACGAAGGACAUUAUAGCGAGCAUAAUGGGUUUAUGCUUUUCAAAGCAUGCAUCACAGCUGAAAUCUACGUGCAAUGGGGUUUUGUUAAAAAGUACAGGAGUGAUCAUGGACUAGCUGGUAAAUUGUUGCGCCGAAUAAUCAAGGAAUUAUCAAGGUCAAAUCUGUAUGAUAUUAACAGCAUACUGGUGAAUCCAACAUUUACAGCUGUUUUACAAGAGAAUGUGGAAUUUCUUAAAAUAGUUAUUGAAGAAUGCCCUGAUGUAAUUUGGUUGGAGUUCAAAGAAUUACCCAUUUUUGGUCAUGCGAUCUCAAAGGGGCUUGAGAAAAUCUAUACUUUUGUUUGUAAAAGGACUGAAAUAAGCCUUUUAGCAAACAUGAUUCCCGAUCGGAAGGGUAACACCCUCCUUCAUCAAGCUGCAAUGUUGUCACCAUCCCCUCAACUUAGCCAAUUUCUUGGUCCAGCUCUACAAAUGCAGAGAGAGCUACAGCGAUUUAAGGAAGUGGAAAAGCUGACACCAAUGUGCAGAAAAUUAAUGAACAAACGGAACCAGACUCCAACAGAUUUAUUCAAUGAUGAACACAAGGACCUCAAGGAAGAAGCGCGAGUCUGGUUGAAGGAGAUAGCACAAUCUUGUUCAGUAGUGGCGACGUUAAUUGUGACCAUCAUGUUUACUGCAGCAUUUACUGUGCCAGGUGGCGAAAACGACGAUACAGGCCUUCCUAGGAAAUUGGGAUCAAAAUACUUCACCAUUUACAUAAUUUCAGAUGCACUCUCAUUGCUCUUCUCUUGUACUUCGGCUAUGAUAUUCCUAGGAAUUCAUACGUCGCUCUUCAGAGAAGACGAUUUCCGGAUCAAGUUGCCCCUCGCCUUGAUGUUUGGCCUUCUCACUCUUUUCCUAUCAAUUGCAACAAUGAUGAUCGCUUUUGGUAUUGCCCUUUUCAUAAUGUUGCGGGAGCAUUUUAUGUGGAUCUCCAUACCCAUGCUUACGUUAGGAAGUAUUCCAGUUAGCAUUUAUGCUAUACUCCACGUUCGAAUAUUCAUUCACGUCUUCCGUUCGACAUUUCGAAGCUACGUAAAGUGA